GUAGAACCCUGCGAAGGCAUAGAAUAUUACAUAAAUAACGAGAAAUGAGGGAGUAUUAUUUAAGUGCUUUAAAUGUCAAGAUGGUAGAGGAAGUCAGUCGCCGUCCAUCAUGAGGCGCACACAGGAUGCCGGCUUCAGCAACCAUAUAUUUUUAAGUGGCGAUCAUACCCCCCGCCCCGGUCCCUCGAUUAAGUUUUAGACUAUAUCCGAAUCAAAUUUAGCGCUAUCCGAAGCUUUACCAGUUCUCCCACGAUUAGAGCGCGCCCGCAUAACUGCUUUUGGACCGGGAAUGACAGCGAUAUCGCACUAGUACGACGUCCUAUGCCCCCAAUAACAUUGGAUGGACCGUGUCACUGACGUGUGCCCACGAAAACGUUGGUUUAUUAUCCACGAAGUGGCCUGUACCAGCAUUUAGAGCACGAUGAUUCGUCAGCUCAUCGACUGCUGCUUCUCCAGUACCCUGGGUCAUCAUCUUUGGGCCCGAUUAUUCUGGAAAGAUGACACUCUCGUACCUCCGGAAACUCAGCCAGGGUAUUCCGAUCAUUCCUACCGUUGGAUAUACUGUGGAGACUGUAGAUAUAUCUUUUACCGGUCGACACCGUCGAAAGCUUACUUGCUGGGAACUGCCUGCGGUUUUCAUGACGUCUACCCUAUGCCGGGACUGUGUUCUGAGACAUCGGCGGGGGACUAGUAUAUGGGUUGUGGAUAGCACCGAUAGGAAACGAAAUGAUGACAGCAUCGAGACCUUCAGAAGCCUGUCUGGCAACGAAGAAGGACCUGGCGAUAUGGACGAGGUCUGGGUCAAGUUUGCGGGAGCCAUCUAG